CGAAGCCUCGCCUGAGGCCACGUCUAAUAAACUGUUCUCCUAAUUUGGGAAAGGUCGCGCGCCAGCGCGGGCUGGGCGAGCAAAGGCGCGGAGCACAGAGUGCGCCUGCGCGGAGCGGCGGGACAGGGCGUGUUCAUUGUUUGGGUGCGCUUUUCUCUCCGGCCCACCGCAUCUCUCUGAGCGCGGUAGUGCUAGGGUCCUGCGAAACCGUGGUCUUGUCACGCCCCACCUGCUAGGUGUUGCCCUCCGCGAUCAUGUCCAAGUCUCUGAAAAAGUUGGUGGAGGAGAGCCGGGAGAAGAACCAGCCGGAAGUGGACAUGAGUGACCGCGGCAUCUCCAACAUGCUCGAUGUCAACGGCCUGUUCUCCUUAUCCCACAUCACACAACUGGUCCUCAGCCACAACAAGCUAACAACCGUGCCACCAAACAUCGCGGAACUGAAGAAUUUGGAAGUGCUCAACUUUUUUAACAACCAGAUUGAGGAGCUGCCCACCCAGAUCAGCAGCCUUCAGAAACUCAAGCACCUGAACCUCGGCAUGAACAGACUGAACACUUUGCCUCGAGGAUUUGGCUCCCUCCCAGCUCUUGAGGUCCUUGAUUUGACUUACAACAACUUGAAUGAAAAUUCUCUUCCCGGAAACUUCUUCUACCUGACCACCCUGCGUGCACUCUAUCUAAGUGACAACGAUUUUGAAAUCCUGCCGCCAGAUAUUGGGAAGCUCACAAAGUUGCAGAUACUGAGCCUUAGGGAUAACGACCUGAUCUCGCUGCCUAAGGAAAUCGGGGAGCUUACUCAGCUCAAGGAGCUCCACAUUCAGGGGAACCGCCUGACCGUUCUACCCCCGGAACUAGGAAACUUGGAUCUGACUGGGCAGAAGCAAGUAUUCAAAGCAGAGAAUAAUCCUUGGGUCACCCCGAUUGCUGAUCAGUUCCAGCUUGGUGUGUCCCAUGUUUUUGAAUAUAUCCGUUCUGAGACGUACAAAUAUCUCUACGGCAGACACAUGCAGGCAAACCCAGAACCGCCGAAGAAAAAUAAUGACAAAUCGAAAAAGAUCAGCCGGAAACCCCUGGCAGCCAAGAACAAAUAAGGGAUUGGCGUGGGCUGGACUUCUGGUCGCUUCUCUCAUUAUUACUUCUGUUCUCUCUUGCUCUGUCCCACAGACAAUUACAGUUUACCCUGAACAACAUGGGUUUGAGCUAAGCGAGUUCAUUUAUACGUGGAUUUUUUUCAAUAAAUACUGUAAAUGCAUUUUUCUCUUCCUUAGGAUUUUCUUAAGAUUUUCUUUGCUCUAACUUUAUUAUAA